CUGAUGGAAGUAUUCGGAUGUUUGAUCUUCGCCAUAUGGAAUAUUCUACAAUUGUAUUUGAAGAACCUUCAAGAAAGCCAUUAUUAAGAUUGGCCUGGAACAAACAAGAUCACAAUUUUCUUGCAACUUUUGCACAAAAUUCUAAUGAGAUUUUUAUUCUCGAUAUAAGAAUUCCUUCAAUGCCCGUUUCUGUCCUUAAAAAUCAUACUGGCUCUGUUAAUGGAAUUGCUUGGGCACCCCAUUCAGCAUGUCAUUUAGUUACUGCUGCAGAAGAUUGUCAAGCACUUAUUUGGGAUGUGCAUCAAAUUAGGGGUUUGUUUCAAAUAAAUUUUGAAAAAAAAAUUUUUGUAAAAAUAUUUUUAGCAGUGGAAGACCCAAUAUUGGCAUAUUUAGCUGGAGGGGAGAUUAAUCAAGUUUGCUGGUCAAGUACUUUAACCGAUUGGAUAUCUAUUUGUUAUGAUAAGAAUUUGGAACUUUUACGAGUUUAGAAGAGAAUAGAAGAAAAAAAACAAAUUUUAAUUGUAUAUAUAUGAAAUGUAAAUAUUUGUAAAUAAUGACUAGUGAUGGGAAAAAUAUGCACGCAAUAUUUCCCAAAAUAUACGCUAACGAUGCAUCGAAGAA